GCGGCUCUCGCGAUAUUUGAGCGAGACUGCUUCCUUCCUUCCUCCCUUGCCAGUCCGCCUGUCUUCCUCCCCCUCUUCCCUGCCCGGCCUCCCCCCUCCUUCCCCCGCUGGCCCCCUCCCCGCAGGGAUAAUAUGGUCUCCGGCGAUGGACGCCCCAAAAGCAGGAUACGCCUUUGAGUACCUUAUUGAAACAUUAAAUGACAGUUCACAUAAGAAGUUCUUCAAUGUAUCUAAACUUGGAGGCACCAAGUAUGAUGCUCUGCCUUACUCAAUACGGGUUCUGCUGGAAGCUGCUGUACGAAAUUGUGAUGGCUUUUUCAUGAAGAAGGAAGAUGUUAUGAACAUUUUAGACUGGAAAACCAAACAAAGCAAUGUUGAAGUGCCCUUUUUCCCUGCCCGUGUUCUUCUUCAAGAUUUUACUGGAAUACCGGCAAUGGUGGAUUUUGCUGCUAUGAGGGAGGCAGUGAAAACUCUUGGAGGUGAUCCUAAGAAAGUCCAUCCUGCUUGUCCAACAGAUCUGACAGUUGACCAUUCUUUACAAAUUGACUUCAGUAAAUGUGCAAUACAGAAUGCGCCAAACCCUGGAGGUGGUGACCUGCAGAAAGCAGGAAAGCUCUCUCCACUUAAAGUGCAGCCUAAGAAGCUUCCCUGCAGAGGCCAGACUACCUGCCGAGGAUCUUGUGAUUCUGGAGAACUAGGCCGAAACUCAGGAACAUUUUCUUCACAGAUUGAGAAUACACCCAUCCUGUGUCCUUUUCAUUUGCAACCAGUGCCUGAACCUGAAACAGUGUUAAAAAAUCAAGAAGUAGAAUUCGGCAGAAAUCGAGAGAGGCUUCAGUUUUUUAAGUGGAGUUCAAGAGUUUUUAAGAAUGUGGCAGUAAUCCCUCCUGGAACUGGAAUGGCUCAUCAAAUUAACUUAGAAUAUUUGUCAAGAGUGGUUUUUGAAGAAAAGGACCUCCUCUUCCCAGACAGUGUAGUCGGCACAGAUUCACAUAUAACGAUGGUGAAUGGUUUAGGGAUUCUGGGGUGGGGGGUUGGAGGCAUUGAAACAGAAGCAGUUAUGCUUGGUCUGCCAGUUUCUCUUACUUUACCAGAGGUUGUUGGAUGUGAGUUAACUGGGUCAUCAAACCCUUUUGUUACAUCCAUAGAUGUUGUUCUUGGCAUUACAAAGCACCUCAGGCAAGUAGGAGUGGCUGGGAAGUUUGUUGAGUUUUUUGGAAGUGGAGUUUCACAAUUAUCUAUAGCUGAUCGAACUACAAUAGCAAACAUGUGUCCGGAAUAUGGUGCUAUCCUCAGCUUUUUCCCUGUGGACAAUGUGACAUUAAAACAUUUAGAACAUACAGGUUUUAGCAAAGCCAAACUCAAGUCAAUGGAAACAUACCUUAAAGCUGUGAAAUUGUUUCGAAAUGACCAGAAUUCUUCAGGAGAACCUGAAUACUCCCAGGUGAUCCAGAUAAAUCUGAAUUCAAUAGUUCCAUCUGUUAGUGGUCCAAAAAGACCUCAGGAUAGAGUUGCUGUGACAGAUAUGAAAAGUGAUUUCCAGGCUUGCUUAAAUGAAAAGGUUGGAUUUAAAGGCUUCCAAAUUGCAGCUGAAAAACAAAAGGAUAUUGUCUCCAUUCAUUAUGAAGGAAGUGAAUAUAAGCUGUCUCAUGGAUCAGUGGUCAUUGCUGCAGUUAUCAGUUGUACCAAUAAUUGCAAUCCAUCUGUCAUGCUUGCUGCAGGUCUUUUGGCUAAAAAGGCUGUGGAAGCUGGUCUGCAUGUUAAACCUUACAUAAGAACAAGUUUAUCUCCAGGCAGUGGGAUGGUUACACAUUACCUCAGUUCAAGUGGAGUAUUACCAUAUCUCAGCAAGCUUGGAUUUGAAAUAGUUGGCUAUGGAUGUUCAACAUGUGUGGGAAAUACAGCACCCUUAUCAGAAGCAGUUUUGAAUGCAGUAAAACAGGGUGAUUUGGUUACCUGUGGAAUUUUAUCUGGAAACAAAAAUUUUGAAGGUCGUCUUUGUGAUUGUGUUCGUGCCAAUUAUCUUGCCUCUCCACCCUUAGUGGUAGCUUAUGCCAUAGCAGGCACAGUGAAUAUAGAUUUCCAGACAGAACCUUUAGGUACUGACCCUACUGGCAAGAACAUUUACCUGAAUGAUAUUUGGCCUAGUCGAGAAGAAGUUCAUCGGGUUGAGGAAGAACAUGUUAUACUAUCCAUGUUUAAAGCAUUAAAAGAGAAAAUAGAGAUGGGGAAUAAACGGUGGAAUUCCUUAGAAGCACCGGAUUCAGUUUUGUUUCCUUGGGACUUAAAGUCUACUUAUAUCAGAUGCCCUUCAUUUUUUGAUAAACUUACCAAAGAGCCAGUUGCACUUCAGCCUAUUGAAAAUGCCCAUGUCUUAUUAUAUUUGGGAGACUCUGUCACAACAGAUCAUAUAUCACCUGCAGGAAGUAUCGCUAGGAAUAGUGCUGCCGCUAAGUAUUUGACGAACAGAGGCCUUACCCCUCGUGAAUUCAACUCUUACGGAGCUCGAAGAGGUAAUGAUGCUGUAAUGACAAGAGGCACUUUUGCAAAUAUCAAGCUUUUUAAUAAGUUUAUUGGAAAACCAGCUCCCAAAACAAUUCAUUUUCCAUCAGGACAGACGCUAGAUGUAUUUGAGGCUGCAGAGCUGUACCAGAAAGAAGGUAUCCCACUGAUUAUUUUAGCAGGAAAGAAAUAUGGUUCCGGAAACUCUAGAGACUGGGCUGCCAAAGGACCAUAUUUACUGGGUGUGAAAGCUGUUUUGGCUGAAAGUUAUGAAAAAAUACACAAAGAUCAUUUGAUUGGAAUUGGCAUAGCUCCACUUCAGUUCCUUCCAGGAGAAAACGCAGAUUCCUUGGGCCUCUCCGGUAGAGAAACAUUUUCUUUAACAUUUCCUGAAGAACUGGCUCCCGGAAUUACAUUGAAUAUACAGACGAGCACUGGAAAAGUAUUCAGCGUGAUUGCUUCGUUUGAAAAUGAUGUGGAAAUAACAUUAUACAAACACGGAGGAUUAUUAAACUUUGUGGCACGAAAAUCCUCAUAGUAUCUACUUACCAUGGAUACCUUUCAUAACUAGUAACUGCAAAGCCUUUUGUGCUGGACCCAGGAAUCCUUACCAUGGAGCUACAGAUAGUCCCAUUAUACUCACUUCUCUCAUCCAUGGAUGUACAUGAUGAUGAAUCAACGUAGUGACUGAAAUGAAAUCUUCUUGAUUUUAAAUAAUUUACGAAUGGUGCUAUUAACAUUGCUAAAAUCAACGUGUGAAGUGUGUUGUGGAAGAGACCUGUAAGUAUGGGGGGGGAUAUUUUAUCAGACCAUUUUGUAAAUAAAGGCAGAAUUUGUGUUGAAGAUUCUUAUAUGAAUAACCUUCCUGGAGUUGUUUAGUUUUGCACCUAUAAAACUGUGUACUACUGUUUGUUGGUUUAAGAGUAGCAGAUUGAAAUAUAAGAAGCCAGAUUAGACUCUAAAAUUGUGGUCAUUGGACUCUGAUUUGUAAGUGGACCUUUAAAGUAUAUUAAUUCCUUUUCAGUACUGAGCUGGACACAUUUGGCAUUCUGUUUGUCAUAUACCAGGUUUAUCCUUAGUUUAACUGCAAGGGAUAGAACCUUCCCCAGGUUACAAUCAUUCUGUCCAAUCCAGCCAAGGUUCCUUCCACAUGAGAAGAUGGACCAUGGCAAAAUACAACUGAUUGUGUGGCACUAUGUAUUAGUAGUGGAAAUAUGUAUCACAUAUGAUGCAGCCUUUAAUUUUUCAGCAGUUUGCCGCUGUGACUAUCUGGCAAGCCCCAGAUGGCAUUAUAUUAAUUGGAUUAGAUUAUUUUGCUCACCUAUGUAAUACUGUAACUUCUUACAACCUAGUAUUUUCAGUAUCAUUAACCAAAAUUUCACACUCAUAGUUCCUAAAGAGAAUGUUAUUUAAUCAUUAAACUCUGAACUGGUUUCUUGUAGGCAUUUAAAUUAUCUACCCUUAAUUAUAUGGGUGGUCAACCCUAUGCAUUUCUUAAGUGUUGCUAUUUCUUGAUUAUUUAAAUUGAUUUCCUGUCAUUUUGAAUCAUUUAUCACCUGCGAUGCAUGACUCUAUUAAUUUUGUUAUGUUACUGUUUUAACCAAAGCUGACUGUAAGGAUAAAACACUUAAAUUGUUGCUGAGUACCGUA